CCAGCGCCGCAGUUCCUCCUGCAGCAGGCAACAGGACUCAACUCCCCCAGCAGCAACGAGGUCAAGCAGACCCCUGUACAGGUGCCUGUGUCAGUUGCCAUGAUGACUCACCAGAUGAUGACCCCCCAGCAGAUGCAACAGAUCCUGUCCCCCCCCCAGCUGCAGGCCCUCCUCCAGCAGCAGCAGGCACUCAUGCUGCAGCAGCUGCAGGAGUACUAUAAGAAGCAGCAGGAGCAGCUGCACCUCCAGCUCCUCUCUCAGCAGCAACAGCACACAGCAGCAGCAGCAGCAGCAGCAGCAGCAGCAGGCGGGGAAGCCAGCCAAAGAGCAGCAGCUGGGGGGGAAUAAGCAGCUUGCAUUCCAGCAGCAGUUGAUGCAGAUGCAGCAGUUGCAGCAGCAGCACCUGCUCAACCUGCAGCGGCAGGGCCUGGUGGGGCUGCAGCCGGGCCAGGGGGCGGUGCCUAUGCAGAGCCUGCAGCAAGCGAUGUGUCCGGCUGACCUGCAGCAGCUGUGGAAGGAUGUGGGGGGGGUGCAGAGCUCAGACGAGAGCAUCAAACACGAAGGCCUGGACCUGAGCACCAACAGCUCAAACUCUACCUCAUACUCAGCCUCCAAGGGCUCCCCUCAGCUAUCCCAUCAUUCCCUGCCAAACGGACACAACUCUGCUCACACUCCAAAGAGAGACAGAGCCAGACUCUUUGAGUGGAUCUCCUCCUUCUCCAAGGCCGAGCCAGUCGAAGAGCACCUCACACCUUACUCCAAAGGGCCGUACCUGUCCAGCAGCCACUCUGCCCACGAGGAGCACACAGGCUCCCACCCCCUCUUCGGGCACGGGGAGUGCAAGUGGCCUGGCUGUGAAGCUCUCUGUGAGGACAUGGGCCAGUUCAUCAAGCACCUGAACAGCGAGCACGCCCUGGAUGACCGCAGCACAGCCCAGUGCAGGGUGCAGAUGCAGGUGGUGCAACAGCUGGAGAUACAGCUCCUGAUGGAGAGCUGAGCCCUGCAGGCUAUGAUGACUCACCUGCACAUGCGUCCAUCUGAGCCAAAGCCUUUCAACCAACCUCUGAACCUGGCCUCCAGCGCCUCUCUGCUGAAGCGGGAGAGUGAGGCGUACCCAGAAGGCUUACCUCACCCCCCCACCUCGGCAGCGGCCCCCAUCACCCCUCUGCGCCAGGGCCCCUCGGUCAUCAGCUCCUCCAGCCUGCACGGCGUGGGCCCCAUCCGCCGCCGCAACUCCGACAAGUUCUGCACCCCCAUCGCCUCGGAGCUGGCGCAGAACUGCGAGUUCUACAAAAACGCCGACGUGCGGCCUCCCUUCACCUACGCCUCGCUCAUACGCCACGUAAGAGAGACCCCCGCUCAUCUCCCCCCUCCCUCCCUCUCACAGAACGCAGUUCGCCAUAACCUGAGUCUGCAUAAGUGUUUUGUGCGCGUGGAGAACGUGAAGGGAGCGGUGUGGACCGUGGACGAAGUCGAAUACCAAAAGAGGAGACCACCAAAGAUGACCGGGAGCCCCACUCUGGUGAAGAACAUGAUUUCGGGGCUGGGCUUCGGGUCACUCAAUGCCAGCUACCAGGCUGCCCUGGCAGAGAGCAGUCUCAGUCUGCUGAACAGCCCCUCCCUGAUGAACAGCUCCCCCGGUGGCAGCCUCAAUAUGCUGCACGUGGGGCACGAUGAUGUCAGCAGCACCGUGGAGCAGGUCAACAGCAACGGCAGCUGCAGCCCGGGCCUGUCCCCCCAGCAGUACAGCCACCAGAUCCACGUGAAGGAGGAACCCACUGAGAUGGAGGAAGACAGCAGACCUGUGUCGCUCAUGGCAACAGUCACCCAGAACCUGGCGUUGCCUGGCGAUGAGCGUGAGAUGGAGGAGGAGCUUCCGGCUGAGGAGCUGGAGUAGAGGGGCGGAGUCUGGCAGUGCGCCUCUUCCCCAUUGGUGUAAAGUAGAACAACCACAAAAAAAAGAUACAAGAAAAAAGAAGCGAUACAAAAGAAAGAAAAACAAAAAAAUAAAACAGGGUUCGACCUCAUCUGCUCGCAAACGCCAGUCCGCCACCGUGCUCGCUUAGCUUCCUCCCGCUGAGCACAAACUCGCUCUCCCAACAUCCUUCCUGCUUUGCGUUCUUCAGUCUUUUACUUCCUGUUCCCGCGCGCGCUCGUGCGUCGGUCCUGCCAGUCCCCCCCCCUCCCGCGGCCUGCGUUCCGAGGUUCCGCAAGGCCAUUCCACCGUGGACAGGACGUUCCCCUCACCACUAAAAUCUGCCACACACUCCUCCCUCCCCGGGAUCAAGAGAGCAAACGGCACCGAGUGGCACCAGUUUCUGCCCAAAUUCAGUAAACAUACAGGUGUGAGUAUCUCUACAUGCAAGCGUGCACACCAAAACCUGUAUAUAUUUUGGAAUAUUUCUUGGAGGUGCCUACCUCUCUUUUCAAAAGUCCUAUUGGUUCUUUUUGGCAAGAAAAUAAAAAACACCCCCUUGCUUUGUGACGGGAGUGAGAGUGGAGGUUUUCAAGAUUACCUCAGAAAUCUGUUCACUCAACUAUGAUCACUGAUCAGUUUCUGAAACUGAGUUUUUCUUGUCACGUGUUCCUGGUGUUUUAUUAUUAUUAUUAUUAUUAUUAUUAUUAUUAGUGUUUUUUGUUUUUAAAUUUCCUUUUGAGGGGAUGCUGGGACUGUUGGUGAUGCUGUAGGGUGGAGAUGCAGUGUAACUGAUACGCCCCUAUCGAAAAGGCGAAGCAACAGCAGAAACGUUCGGACGGUACGCCCUGAGGCUUGCAGAGCGCUCACCCGUGCUGCCUGUGAAGCGCUGGCUGGUUUUGGGCAGGACUGAGGAAGGGGUGAUAACUGUUUGAUUCCUGUCACUUGGCAGUGCUAACCGUUGUAAUUUAGAAACUGACUGCUUGCUUCCACGAUAUCGGUCAAACCUUCUGCCAGACGGUGUCGCCAGGAUCAGCAUGCUCGAUGGAGAAUUUGCUAGGAUCAGUUUUUCCUUUUGUUUAACAAAAAAAAUGCGGUUUCCAAAAAGGACAUUUCAGGAAAAACAGCUCUUUUCUCCUUCAUUUCUCUUAAUCGAAACGAUGACUGGCAAGAAUUUAACCUCCAAAGCCGGGUGGUGAAAUGUUACAACCGGGAGGGAAUGUCACAGGAGAUAAAAUGGACUUUGCUUUUGGUAAUUAUGAGAAGUGUGUCUGUUAGUUUUUGAUUUCCUUUGUAUUUGUUGUCAUUACUUCUACAGGUCAGCUCUUUCUAUAUGUCAUAUUUCAGUUGCCUGGUGUCUGUAAUGGAUUUGUUAGAGAUACUUAUCUAAACUGCUUGUUCUCAUCAUUCCAAAUAGGGGACAAUUUUUAUUGAGGAAAAAUAGUAUUAUUCACUUCCCCCCCAUAUCUCACCAUUGUCCAGCUCUGCAGGAAGACAGACUUUCUGGUGACAGAUGUGUUGAGUUUAGCACUUAAAAUGUAUGGACUGAGAAACAGAACAUUGUCACCGUUAUAGACCAAGGAGAAGCCGAGUGUUGAUCCAUAUCUGUCUGUCUGGUCCCGUAAGCAGUAGAAAAGAUGGGUUACAAAUGAGAGGCUCUCUGAUAACAUCAGGAAAGCCAUCCCUCCUUCCGACAGCAAUUCAUGCCUCUCUCAUCCUGCUUUUUUGUCAGGUUUUAGUUUUUUUAAUUAACAUCAGCUGCGAUACAAAGCAUUGCUUUAAAAAAUAUUACUUCAGUCACAGAAUACCUCAUUCCAUGGAGAUUCCACCUGAAAUGGUGUCCAAUGUAAAAAAAUAUAUAUAUACUAAUAAUAAAAAUAUGUAGGGAAUUCUUGAUGUGGGUAACCAACAUAAUGACACUCUUGCUCAAUAUCCAUUUAAAAAUAUCAGUUUAAACUUGUCUACUUUAUAAAUGUAUAUGGCUUUCUGCAAUUCACUAUGUGAGUUGGAAUCCUUGGAACAGCGUGUGAGAUUUUAACUUUUGUCAGUGAGCACAAAAGCAUCGUUUUUUUUUCUGCAGUGCCAGACCAAAUUUAAUGACAUUUUUUGUGUAUUAACAGGUUUAUUUUCCCAGUUUUUUUUUUGUUACAGGUUACCAAAGAAACGAGUAGAAAACCAAAAACCCUUCUGUUUUUUUUUCCUCUUUCCACCAAAAGUACUGGCCAAAAGAAAACAGAUAUGUAGUUUAAAUUAUUCUUGUUAUGAUUUCUUAUUUUUCUGAAAGUGAAAUAAUUUGUUCAUUACUUACAGUACGGAGCAUUCCAAAACCAAAGUUAUAAAAAAUGCAGAAGAGAAAGAAUUUGGUUGCUUUAAAAAAAAAAUAAUAUUUCUGUGGAGUGAAGAAUUCUGGAUAGAUGUGGUAAAAGGCCAAAAACAGACAGUAUUAACAAACCUCAUGCAGUUCCUUAGCGUGGAGACAGAAAGCACUUAAAAGCUGUACCGUUCUCAGGCCAUGACUGUGUUUUAAACACGACCCUAAAAAGCCUCACAAUAGAAGAUUGCAAAGAACUAUUUUACCCUCGUAAGGCACUUGAAAAUGACGGUAACAAACCUUUAUGUGACACUUGAAGCCAGCGGAACAGACUCAGUGGUCUUUGUAAUGUUGCGGUUAUUCAGUGUUGUUUCCAAACAGAUCUAUAUUUCACUCAAUAACGCACCUAUACCAAAAAGAGCCAAGCAUUUCAUGGGCACAGACAAAGCCACUUCAUCUUUAUAAUGCAUAUUUUUCAUAUGAACGUAGAAAUUAAUUCAUAUGCUGAUCUCAGACUUGAUGUGUUGAAGUUUGUGUAUUUUUUAUUUUUUUGUCAUUUUAUUUUAAAAGUAUUGGGAAGUAUUCCAAAUGUUCUGUUAGCUGUGAUUGAUGGAUAACUCUUUGACAGGUAAAUGUGGAAAUAUAAACAUCAGUUUUAUUUUUUUUCCCCUUCAGUUUUGUAAACGUUCUAACCAUUUCAUAUGUGUGUGUGUGUGAAACACCCACACAUAUAAUGGUGGUGGUGUUCUCAGCAGGAUUUUUACACGGCUGUGUGUUCGGUUUUGACAGUAGGCUGAAGAAUAGGUCAUGAUGUAAAUUAAGUAGAACAGGGGGAACCUUUUUGCAAAUUAAUAGCCUCUCCUGCACUUCAGACUAUGUUUAAUUGCGGAGGAAUUAUUUAAAUUACAAAUCUGAAAGCAGCAGAUUUUCAUAACACUUAAAUGGGGCAAAAUGCACUGGAUUUUAAUCCAUAACCUGCUUUAACACUUCAAGCCAAGACAUCUGCAACAAAGACAAAACCAAAAACACUACCUCCUAUAAAAACAGUCCACAAAGUUGAAGGCUAAUGGUUUGAGACUGAAUAUCUUCGUUUGCUUCCGUUAUCUUUAAUAAUGAUAGAAUAUACCAAAAUCCAGUUUUACAUUUACGCAGUUUACCGUCAUUACAUGCUGAGUUUAAAGAUUUUCCAGAGUAUCUGGACUCCCGAAUUCACGAGCAAGAGCAUAAAUACACACUUAUUUCCUUGACAAAUAAAAAAACGACUACCUCUCCCAAAUGUUGAGUUCAGUAGAGUGCAAACCAUAAGUGGUCAACGUGUUUAAAAGGUCUACACAGAAUGCAUGUUCGCCAUCUUUAAGUGAUCGAUUAGCAUAUUCUCUAUAAAUACGGCGUGCGCGUGAAGGCUUAAUUGCGCGCUCUAAUUACACGCGCAUAAUGAAGGCCAGGCUCGCUUUAAGCCAAUCAGGGCGAUCUGGACGGCUGGUCAUUAUGGUGGGUUCAGUGGGGUAGUCACCUGGCUGUCAGACUGCGAGAUGGGCGCGAAGCGUUAUUACAGCCGCUCCAAAUGGCCGGUGUUCAAAUUAAGCAUUUCAAAAGUGUGGUUUUAAGACGGCAGUGCACCGAAAAAAAAGAGAAUAAACUGCAGAUUGCCGUGUGACGGUCUCGUAACAGUAGUUUAAAUUCACGGUCUGAAUGCUUUAGAGACCGUAUACUCCCAUAGCCUGUGACUAAACAUAUAGAGGAUAUUUCUUUUAUUAUUAUUAUUAUUAUUUGAUUUUUUUCUUUCUUUUCCUUGUAUGGGCAUUUUUUCAUAGAUCACGCAAAGGAAAUUUGUUGUUGGUUUCUACUGAUUCACAGCUUUUUUUGUUUUUGUUUUUGUUUUGUUUUGUUUUGUCCGCGGAGUCGGAGCGUAGGUGGAGGGGGUUGCCCGUGCCACUCUGUGGGCACGCGCGUCAGCAGCGUUGAGAAUUCCUCUGCCUGGGUGAACUGCCAUCUCUGAUGGGGGCAUCUCAUCUUUUUACCGGAAAUAAAAUAAGAUAUCCAAAGAGUAAAGCAGAGCUUAUCCACACACCGUACACAGCAGAGACCAGAAAAAACACUUACAAAGGAGUUUUAUUGAAACUUUCACCAUAGAGGAACUGCUGCAUUAAAAAAUAUAUAUAUCUUCAGUUGUGCUUUAAGGUACUCUUGUAAACAGAGUUGUUUUUUAAGAUGUAGAUCGACAUUUGUUGAUGGUAUUAGCAGAUCUUCAAAAAAAAAAAAAAAAACACUUAAGUUACUUUACAAACUUCUUGUUGUUAUGAUGUAUUAUUGUAUAUUACCGCUUGGCUUAGCUCUCAAAGGCAUUUUCCCCCAUUUCUUUAUUUUUGUUUUUAUUUUAUUUUAUUUUAUUUUCUGCACCUGUUUAGCUAUUGUAAAGCUUCCAGCUCUAAAUUCCUAUACUGUAUUGCUUAUGCUAAAGUGUAUGUAUUUAUCAUAUUAAGUGCUGCAGGUAUCAUGGUUAAAUAGUUUUUCUUUUUGUUUCAGUUUACUUCAUAAAACGUCUGGGACGAUGAUGAUUUUUUUAAGUGUAUUAUCUUUAAAAAAAAAGAAUAAAAGUUAGAUCAGUGGUUUAGGUAACACGCCUGUUUGUAUAUUUAUCUUAGCUAGGUCUAUUUUGAUACCUUUUGUCUCUGUACUGCAUUUAUGCAUUUUUAAUGAAAAAGGACUAAAGAAAACAUGAAACAAAAAAGUUGAGUUCAUUGUGUAUUGAUACCUCAGAAGGACUUUUCUCAAAGACAGGACCAAAACCUCAAAAGGGGAAUGAAAAUCGAAGAAAAAUAUGUAGCCCUCUCUUGCUUUUAAGAAAGAGCCAAACUGUAAGGUGUUUUUUGGUCCUCCUAGGUGCCCAUACGUGUACAAACUCCCUUUAAACCGAAUCAUUCCUGUAUUGACCAUUACUUUUCGAGACUGUCCUUCACUAAACGGUGGUAGUUUCGGACUGUUGUUGCCCAGCGUCGGGCUUUGGAGAGCCGUAACGGUGUUGUUAGUCCCGGGCACAGCCAAGGGGCCGGCUCAUUCGGCCGUUCAUUUUAAUUGCCGUGGAAUCGAUAUUGCUUUAAUUACCGUGGAACCAAUGUUGCUGUUCCGUGUCUCCCUGCGUCUCUCGUGCGGCGGCCGUUUGAGCUCACAGGGAGGCCUGUACCACUUUCAGAGGCAGAGAUAAGACAGGUUUCUGCUCAGGCUGAACGCAAAAUGAAUCUGCCGUCAGCUCACUCUUACUGACAGGGAAGAAAGAUUCGGCGAUGCAUUGUUUUUUUUUUUUUUUUUGGAGUUGUUUAGUUGCUCUUCUGUGAAACAGUCUCAGCUUUCCACGGCGGCAUACCAAAUGAGUUUUAAAGGCUUUCAGAGAUGCAUGUGAUCUGAUGUGACCACCAAACAGGCUCUGUGCUGCCGGGGUUACCCUGAGCUUAUCUGUCGUAGCCCAGCGCAGCUGCAGCUAAGCGCGCGCUUUGACGACGGGGAAAGCGAGGCGUCCUUAGAUUUAUGAAACUUUCCGGCUGUCGAUCGUUCAAAAACACUUUCAUUCGUUGUCGUGAUUAUUGUUAUGAGUUGAGGUCGCGGUAAAGUUAACACCGACGCUAUGGGCUCUCCGGUGAAUUCUGUGACGUGGAACUCCAUAACCCACCGCCUGACAGCUUUGAGGUGACGUAUCUCCAGGAAAGGGGGACCUUGCAGGGAAGCUUUGACCAAUGGUGUUAAUUUCUAGGCCAACAAAACGGAACUACCACUUAAGCUUUCCUGUCAUUUGUAUCUUUACGAAUGUGUGUACAUUUUUCCGCAGUGACUUUCUGUACCUGGGGUUUUGUUUUUGGUUCGAUUUGUUGUUGUUUUUUGUUUUUUUUAAAUCUUUUCUUUUGUUUGUUUUUUUUUUCCAAGUGAGACCCAGGUGAGAGAAGAUGGGUGUUUUUCAGAUGUAAACUAAAAAAAGAAAAAAGAGGCAACUAGCCCCGCCCACCUUGUUGCUGUUGCCCGGUUACCUUCUCUGUGUCCGUCACUGCCAUUUUCCUCAUGCUGUAUAAAACACAUAUAUCUGUGUAUUUGUAACCUGAAUCUUCUUGUGUCUGUUCAUGCAGACAAUAAAAAAAACUGUACAGUAGUUCUAGUUGCAUGUAAUCUGUACUAAUUAUUGACAAUGGCAUUAUAAAAUGCAAUAAAAUACUUAUUACACUGUC